GCUGAAGUAGGUGGUGCUUCCAGUUGCUGUUGAGUCACACUCCCCAUCCCAGAAACAUUAAAUAACCCCCUCCCCUGCAAGGGGGUGCACCCCACAGUUUGGGUACAGCUGGUGUAAUGUAGGACUUGAGGGGUACUGAGCUGCUGUUUGGGCUUGGUCUUCAUUUCCUUCCUUUCUUUGUCUGGUUUAUUCAACUGAGUCCCAAUCCUGAUUGACACAUCUAGGUGCUACUGCAACAUAAAUAACAAGAACUGCAGUAAAUGUUGCCUCAAUCCAGAGGGUCGACACAAGUUGCUAUCCAUAGCAAAAUCCAGGGAUGCAGUACCUAAAUGAGAACAAAGAUCGGAGUCUGCAAGGGGAAGCCAGAGGGGAAGGCAUCAUUAUUCAAGAGAGAAUAGGAUGUUGUCUCCACUUUUGUUUUAAAAAAUUGCAGAUACAUGUGCUGAUGUACCAAGAAUUAAAUAAUCUGAAUAGAUGCUGACACAAGUAAACCACAUAAAGUGACUCCUGGCAUAAGAAUACUUAAACACUUAAGUAGCCCUCUUUGCAUUCCAAAUUCUUGAAAUUCAUUCACUACUUAAUCCUGCUAAAAACAUCAUGAGAGUAGGUAACUAGUGUUAGCUUUAAAUGGUGGUGGAAUUGAGGCAGAGAAGAAUUAGGGUACAAUUUAAAAAAAUGCUUAAGAGCCCAAGUGCCAUUUUCAAAAGUAUUUUAGAUACUUGGGACCCAGCAAAAAAGUCCCUGAUAGUCAGGGGCUUUUGAAAAUGUGAUCCUUACUCAGUGGCGGACUGACAGGGUCACAGGAGGGGGCCAUGACCCCCAGUGCCAGCCUGGGUGGGGGCGCCAGCUGGGUACUUCAGAGUCCUUAUCGCACAAUGUGACUUUAGGUAUUGCUACAAGAAGUAGGGGGUGGGGCACAAAUGCAAGCAUUGGCCCCUGGACACCAGAGACCCACAGUACGUUACUGUCCUUACUGAUUUGUCUACUUCAUAGGAGAUGGCUGGGUCAGAGUCCAAGUUAGAACCUUAAAACUGAGACUUUCUAGCUCUUGCCAGAUGAUAAUACAAGUGUGAAGGAAAUGCCCCAUCUCUGAAGCUGUUGCUCAAAGGGAAUCUCCCACCCAUAGCCCCUGGUACUUUAUAAAGGGUUGCCUUACAACUGCACAGCAACCAAUGCAGCUUUAGGCCAAGUGCCAUUUUUGCCAGAUUCUCUGGAAUGCACUUUUCCUGUGUUUGUGCUUCUGAUAUGCUUUUGAUUGCAUUAGGAGUGCAUAUUUUAAAAUAAUAGUAAGUCUAAAAUCUAGCUGUGCUCCCCUCCCCACACAUACACACAUACACUUUCUGGUGUUACUGAUGCAUAAUUAGUUUUGUAAAUCUGGACAAUGAGAGUUUGAUCCUCCUGUUGUCCCCAAAUCUGACGGGUCAGAAAAGGAAGGGAAAUACAAUGGUCCAUUUAUAUAGCCCCUCUCUGAAUCCUUUUUCUACCCAAUCCAUUUCCAUCCAGUAAUAUUAUUUUAUGAAGAACAGCUUCCAGUGAAUGAUUGAAAAACCCAGCAAAAUACUGAAUGCUGUAAUUUUAAAAAUGAUCAAACACCAUAAAGAAGGGAGGAAAAUGCCUCACAAAUUUAAUACUGGGGAUGAUCUCCCUAGAGCAGUGGCUCUCAUCCUUUUCUGUACCAGGACCUAUACGUAAACAUUGAUGGCCAGUACCGAACCUGUGCCCCUCACUCCCAACCUGCUGCCCCCAGGCCCCAGCCCCACUGUGUGGGGUGGGGGGGAGAGGGGCCAAGCAGCCUUUCAUAGGCUAGAACUCUGCCAGCCUGCAAGGGCAAAUCUAUAGUUUCCCAUGUUUUUCUCCUUUAAAGAAGAAUCCAUUUUUAAAGUUUGUUGAUCCAUUUCAUAUAUUCUUGUGACCCACUUUUGGGUUGCGACCAUGGAUUAAGAAACAAUGCCUUAGAGAAUAGAAAACCUGCUGCUGACUUCUGGAAUAAGCCCCAACUGGGAAAACUGUAGCAUGGUUUUAUUUGCCACAUUUUUUUUGUGGUUUGCCCUGCAAAGCUCAGCUUUUGAGAGGCAUGCUGAAUGGAAAAGACGAUACAAAUGCUUUCCUUCCGUGCCAUUCUGCCAGUAUCCUAAUGGAGGCUUUCCAUGAUUUUUUUCUUUGCAACCUGUGCUAAAUCCAAACUUUGGUGGUUGCAUGUGCUGCAAAGAAAUUGAGCCAGGUUGGGAAAUGUAUUGUUGCCUUUACCUGGUUAAACACAGAUGCCAUCUCCUAACCACAGAGGGAAGUGACAUUGCUUGGCAACAAAAAAUUAUAUGAAUUGCACUUGACUGCCAUUGUUUAUAUUUUCCUCCAAAAACAAACUUAGCCAAAUUCCUUCUCUGUUACCUCAGUGUAAAUACAGAGUAAAGCCACUGAAGUCAGCAGAGUUGGUCUGGAUUAUUUGUGUCAAAGCUCAGAAAUGAAUUAAGCCUCCUGAGGACACUGAGAGAAUAAUGUCAUGUUCAAUGAGUGUAACCUAGCAUUGGGGAGGGGAGGAGGAAACUUUAGGAGAGUCUGGGUUACACUCCGGAAGGAUACAGUUUAUUUUAAACCUGCAAUUUGAUGAUAUAUAGUCCGUUUUAAAAGCAAAAUAUUUGCAUUUCAGGCUGAAGGGACUUCUCAGCUCUGGUGGGGAUGAUUUAGCAAUAUCCAAACAAGGGCAAGGAAAUCAUCUCCUUUUCUUUCAGUUCAGUGUCAGAAUUUCCUGCAACAUAUCAUUCCUCUCCUCAGCUGUCAUUAAGAUACAUUACUUGGUAUAAGCCUGGUAAAGAAGUCACAAAACAAAAGGAAUGUGUGCUUGGUAUCUACUAGCAUAAUUUAUAAUUACUUGUGUGUGUGUGUGUGUGUGUGUGUGUGCGUGUGUGUGCGUGUGUGUACAUACAUAUGUACAGAGAAACAGAUCCUAUUAAAAUUGCAAUCCUAAGAAUAAUACAUAGCACUAUUCAAUUCUCAGGACAACAGAAUUAGGCAGUUAGGUAUUACUAUCUUCGCUGUAAUAACACAUAAAUGGAAAUAGAGAAGUUUGGCCAUGUUCAGAAGGAAGGAACAGAGGAAAUCUGUGUCUACCCCAGGAUUAGAACUCAAGAAUUCCUGGUUUCUUGUUCCAAGUUCAGACCUCUAAAUCAUUAUUAAAAAGUAUAAGAAAAAACCCACCACCAAGCUGCUGCAUGAUUUUUCUGUCAUUUGCAUCAGCUUGGCAAAAAUCCUGUUGAGUUUUUACUUUCAAUAAAUGCAUUUAGUACCUGAUCCCCUGAAGUCAAUGGAGAAAUUCCUGUUGACUUUGCCAGGAGCUGAAUCAACCAUUCAAUGCCCAGAUUUACAAAACUGUACGAUGAUCUUUCUUGGUGAGAACAAAAAAAAAUGUAGAGUUCAUACUGAUCCUUAUAAAGAAGUGAAAUGAAUACAUGUAAAGUGAAUGUGCCAGAAUUUUCUGCACAGAAAAUUCAGGCACACAAAAUUGUGCCCACACAUGCAUCUGAAUAUGCUCCCAUCAGGAGCAAAUUUGCUCCUGAUGGGAGAGUUCAGUCCAGGGCUGCUCCUGUCCUGCUCUGCCACCCUGCAGCAGCCAGAGGGAGCUCCAGGCUCCCUCGGGUGUGAUCCCAUGGCUGUCAAGGGGCACAGGCGCCAGUCCUGAUCUCCAUGGGGCAGAGGGAGCUGUUUCAGCUCUGUCCUAGCAAUUUGCUCCAGGUCAUGGUCUACACAUGUGCUUUGACACAUUAGUUAAUGUGCUAUUUUUUUAGUAUCUGUAUGUAUUGGUACUAGCAAAUGGUGCAUUAGGCUAAUUUAGUGCACAGUAAUUGCUGCGCACAUGUAGACAGUGGUUAGUCUAAUGUGCAGUAAAGCGUCUUGUCCAGAUGCACUCAAUGUCUUCUAUUGCGUGAACAUGUAACUUGCAGUUCCUGGAACAUAAACACACAACUCCAGGCUUGUAUAACUUCAAAAUAUGUAUUAACAGGAAACAGUCCUAAUCUUGGUUAUACCAAGGACCUGGCCAAAUGUGUGGGUGACGUUAUAACUGUUUAUGCUGUAAGCUUGGAUGUAUGUGAAUGGCACAAAUUUAGAAAUCAAAAUAAAGACUUAGCAAAAUCUUUCAUUAAAUGAAAACGAAUCUAGUCAUUUUACAACCACAGAAGCUUUUUUUUAGUCAAAAUAUCCCUGUGGAGGUUGCAGGAAGUGUAGGAGUGUUGGAUUCCCGGUGACACCUCAUGACAUCAUGGCUCCUCUUCAAAAUCCUGAUUGGUCCUUUGGCUUUUGAAGCUCAUUUGAAGCAGAGUUUAAAUUCACGCCUUGGCAGAAGACUGUCUGGAUACUCAAGUGCCACUGAGAUACAAAUGUAUAAGUGUUUCUUGUGCCUUUGUGAGAUCUGAAGUUCAAAAGCCAAGUGCUCCUGAAGAAAGCCCGGUUGAAGUACACACAAAGUUGCACACAUCAUCAUCAGUAUGAAGACUGUACUCUUGUUAAUUUCCCUAUGGCCUUUAACAUAUGCUCACCCCGUGCCCAACCAUCCAAAUGUUCAUGAUGGCAGCUCUAAGGAAUGGAGGGUUGAUUCAUCUGAGAUAUCAGCUGCCCUCAGGUAUGCAACAAGUGAAGAAAGUAUGAAUGAGGUAGAAGAUCCUGCUGAAAAGGAUGGUGAAGACACUGACAGCAGCCCUUAUGACAGUACAGAAACUGAAGGAAGGGACUCUAUUGCUGAUGAACAUGAACAUGAUGACAUUUUACAUGAGACCAAUGAAGGCAAUAACUACCCUGUUGGAGUUUCUAGCCAUAGUAAUGAACAUCAUACUGAAGACCUCAGUGGAAAUGAUGUUGAUGAAAGUAUCACUCAGGACAAUGAUGAUGACAAUAGUGUCAGAAUUAAGCAGGCUCAACAUAAAAAUUGGGUGUAUCAAAAAGAUUCUGUGGCCCUGGAAGAGCUAAAUGAACAUUCUCUGGAGGAUGUCAAUGAGUUCCAUGACCAUGAAGAUCAUCAUACGGGUGACAGUCAAAAACCAAAACAACAUUAUAACACUGAAGACAAUGGACCCCUUUACAAAACCAAGAGAUUCUACUCUCAGAAGUUCAAUAAGGAAAUAAAUGAUCUGAUAGAUGAGGAGGAUGACAGCGGAGAUGACACCUUUGAUGAGAAUCAAGGAGAUACAAAUGGAAAAGGUCCUAGUUACACUGUUAAUCCCAGUGGAGUAGAUGAGUAUACUGCAUUUGAUAAUGGAGUUCAUCACAGAGGCCAUGGAGAUACUGCCAUUAGGAAAAAAGACAGUGACAGCAGCAGCAGCAGCAGCAGCAGCAGCGAAAGCAGAGGCCUUGACAGUAGAGAGUAUAGAAAUCACAUUGUUAGCAGGUAUGACCGAAGCUUAGGAAAUAUCGGUGACAGUGCCAGAACUAGCCACAAGGAGAGCUAUGAUUUUGAUGGUGAAGGAAUGCAAGGGGAUGACCCAUCCAUAUUUGAGAGUGAGGGUGGCAAGUCCAAAAUGACCCGCAGUGCCAUUCAUUCCAAAGAGAGCAGUCAAGAGAGCAGUAGGGAGCCCCGCAAAGCUAAGCUGAAUGGCAUUAGUAAAUCAGUGGAGCACUCCAACAGCCACAAGUUCCAAAAUGAUAGUAAUAACUCAGGAGAGGAUGACAGUAUAGAGCAGGAUAAUAGCCAAUCCAUGGAAGCAGAUGAAGCCAAAUCCGGAAAGGACAGCCAGUCUGCAGAAGACAGCAGUCAUUCUGAAGAGAGUGUUGCCAGUCACUCAAGGAAAGAUGUCAGUCGCUCAAGGGAAGACGUCACCAGCCACUCAAAGGAAGAUGUCGCCAGCCAAUCAAGUGAAGAGAGCAGGGAAUCCCAUGAAGAAAAUGAGAAAAUCUCCAAGGAAAUGAAGAGCAAAUCAAAUGAAUAUAGCGGUAGCAAAUCUAAAGACAGAGACUCCUAUGAGGAUGACAGCAAGCCAGUGUCAAUUGACAGUGAAUCUGCAGAAGACCAGGGAGAUAAAAGCAAAUCACGAGAGAAGAGCAAAUCCACAGAGGACAGCAUGGAGUCAGAAGAGGACAAGAAUGACUCCAUUUCUGUUGACAGCAGACUAUCGCACAGUAAAUCAGAUGAGAGCAAAAGCAUAUCACGAGAGUUAGUUGGCAGUGAAUCACAUGAAGAUGACAGGUCUGAAGAGGUGCGAGGCCAAGAUAGCAAAUCUGCAGAAACCUAUGACAGUGGAUCCAAAGAAGAGGAGCACAGUCACUCUAGAGAAAUGGACAGCUACAGUCACUCUAGAGAAAGAGACAGUCAUUCUCGAGAGGAUGCUACGAACGAAUCAACCAGUCACGAGGAUGACAGCUUACCCAGGAGCACUGAAAUGGAAAACAGAAAGCUAAUGCUUGAUGUCUAUCACAACAAACCCAUUGGUGAUUAUGAUGACAAUGAUUGUCAGGAUGGUUAUUAAAACAGUUAGCAACAAAUCAACUAUAUGCAGGACUUUUGUGUGAAGAAUGAUUACCUUUUAAUUUAUUUACCACAUACACAGUAUAAGUCCAGCUGUUCCUAUUCAGAACUUCAACUGGGGCUUGCUCAAUAUGAAGUAAAAUGAUACUAAGAUAGUGCUUUAAAUAGGAAAACUGAGUGAGAAACUGAUCUGCCAUACAUGGAACCUGAAUUAAUACAAAAAAGGGAAAGUACAAUAUUAACUAGUAAUUAUAUAUGAAUGUUAAAAUCUGGUAUUUUCUGGAGAGAGUAGGGGGGGGAAAGAUGGCACACUAAUAGGCCAUUUUAUAAUUUGUUGUUUAAAUUUUCACUAGCAUUGUUAGGAAAUACUUUGAGCAUUAAGGACAGAAUGAAGCCUUAAUUUUAUUGCCUAAAUAUUUGUAUCUUGAACAUCCUUAAAUUCAUUUGUCUACCAUCCAAAGGGAAUUCUAAUUGAAAUAGAAAGCAAGGCAGAUAGUCACUGUAUGUACCCUGUUUAUGGACUCAAACUUUGUUAUACAAUGGAUGAAGUACCACUUUGAUAUUGGAUGUAAUAUUUUGUAAUAAAUGUACAGAAAACA